GCGCAUGUGCCCUGUAUCCCUGGUGGUCCCCUCUCUCCGGAUGCAGCCCGAGGAGCAGCGGCAGCGCAGCGGCAGUGGAGGGAUUCGCUGAGCCUUUUUCCAGAGGGACAAGGCCAGGCUGCGCUUCUGAAUCCAGCCUCUCUCUCUGUCGCUUUCCAGUUAUGAUGGACUGAACAACACACACACCCAAGGGCGGUGGGGGCCAAAGAGAAGGGCCCCAUAGCAACCAACAGGACCCAGCAGAGAACCUGCUUUGGGCCCUAGCAUCCUUUGCUCAAAGCAUGGAGUUGAAGAGGUCCAUUUCGGCCGGAAAAGAUGCAGAGAGGCCGCCCAGGUGUUAUGGGGCUGUGGAAGAAACAGAAUGGAAAGCCGAGGGUUGGAGGAAAAAUCAACGGGAUAUCGUUUCCAUGGCAGAGACAACCAUGAUGCCGGAGGAGAUCGAACUAGAGAUGGCCAAGAUCCAGAGGCUUCGGGAAGUCUUGGUCAGAAGGGAAUCGGAACUGAGGUUUAUGAUGGAUGAUAUCCAGCUGUGCAAAGACAUCAUGAACCUUAAGAAAGAGUUGCAGAGUUUAGUUGCAACCCCAGAAAAAGAUAAGACAAGGCUCCAGAGGCAAAGAGAAGAUGAACUGAUUCACAAGAUCCACAAACUGGUGCAGAAAAGAGACUUCCUUGUUGAUGAUGCUGAAGUGGAAAGAUUAAGGGAGAAGGAAGAAGACAAGGAGAUGGCCGAGUUCCUUCGGAUCAAGUUGAAACCCCUAGAUAACAUCGUAACGGCUCCAACAGGUACACCCACAGAGAAGAAGGCAGAGCCGCCACCUCUUCCUCCCAACAAGCCCACCAUUGCCAAAACGGGCAUUGCUAUUAUUCGGGAUUGCUGUGGGACCGUCCAAUGCACCAUCAUGUAGCUUGAACCAUCCUCUCAGGCAUGCCUUCUUUUCAAACUGGAUGGGAGAAAAAAAAACUGUAGAAGAAGUGGAAAAGGAAGUAACGCAUCCCAAAAUCUUGAUAGUUAAGUUUCCUGUACUGUUCCUUACAGUAACUGUUGUAGUGCUGAAUGUCCCACUUGGUGAGUCCUUCACUGUUGCAUGGAUCACUCAGCGAGCAUGCCUAGGUUAAGACAAGGAAUAUAUCUCAAUAUAACUAUAUCCAGAGAACAGCGAGGACUUGUAAAAACAAUUAUACAUAUCUGAGAGAUGGCUCACAAGUAACAGAUAGGUGUCAGUUUUUAUUAUUCUAUAAAAUAUGCUUGUGGAGGGGAGGACUAGAAAGAUAAUCCCAUGUAAUAUGUUGAAUAACAAUUUAAUAGUUUUAUGUCUAGAGGAUGCAUCUCACACUUUCCCUUUUCACAGGCAGCAUUCUGUCUGUGGGCAGAAAAAUGUGGCAUGGCAGCUACUUCUUGCAAUUACAGAUGCAUUAGUAAAUAUUGUAAAUUAGAAUCAUGGAACUAAUAGUUUAUUGGAAGCUGCCGAUCAAUCAUGUGUCUGACUAUUGUGAUUUGCUGUGAUCUGCAGGAUAUCUCUGGAACAGGAAACACAAAAACAAGCUCCAGUCAAUUUGGGUUCCUUAAAAUCAUGUAAGUGGAGGGUUUUUGUGGUCAGUUAAUUGUUUUCUGUUAAAAGUUUCAUGGCCCUCAUUUCCAUAGGGGUUUCUCUACUCUCUGAAAAUUGUGUCUCUUGAGAAAACUCUUGAAUGCGCAGACCUUGGAACUGAAAGUAGAGCUUGGAUGGGUUACUUUGCAAUUCCCAGAAACCUCUAAUUAGCAUGACUACUUUUUAAGGCUCUGUUUGUGCUGCAUAAAUGGAAAAUAAUUGGCAGAGGAUUGAUCUUUUUUGUGGUUUUUAAAAAGAUACACAAGAUUAAAUUAGUCCACUGUUUCUUUCCAAAUAUUUACUGUUUAGCCAAUGUCACUGUUAAUCAUUCUACACUGCAAUAAAAAAGACACAACUUUUCAAAAUAUAGUUAAAA